AUAAUCGUCACUUUUUAACAACGUUAGCCAGCUUGCUUGAUGUCACUGGUGGAGGGGUUAGCCAUCACAUCGUCCUUGCUUGGUGAUCCUGUGCAAAUAUAUACUAGUAUUACUAGCCUGCCGUGUUGAGUCUUAAGUUUUAUCUAUAACUAGCUAGGUUUAGUAAUCGUUAGGUCAUGUAUACAUAGAAGUUACGUUUGCCAGGGCAGUGUCGGUAAGAACAGUCAAAUGCCAUUGAAAGUUCACAUUAGCCGAAGUCUUAGUUGCUGUCCUACACUACAGCUGUUAAUUCCAAAUGGCAUCUGAUUUAUACUAGUCUAGAUCACAUUAGGAAAGUUGGCUAGCCUAGUUUCUUACAAACUGCAUAAAUGCCGAGGUCACUAGCUAGGGCUAGCAGCUAGUUGACCAGCAAUUUUCCACUUGGUGUUAAGGGCGGCUAGAUAGCUUAGUCUUCAAAUGUGUAUUACAAGUUUUACAUAGGUAUAAGACUUCUGAUCUCAGCUGACAUGUUGGUUAAGGCCGGGGCAUUUCGCAUACUUUGCUAGCUAGCUACUGACAGGUCACCGGCGACGGAACAUUGCAUUUUUUUUUGGUUUAAUCCACGAGACGAGUGUCUAUCUAAGGGAGUUUUACUGACGUUGAUACGGUAGCAAAGGUUUAGGGUUAGAUCCAUUUUGACAUUAGGUUGCCAAGUCUCUUCUGCGUUGUAUUCGUGGAUCUUUAUUUUUGCAAGCUAAGUCGCUAGCUGCUAACGUUGGUUAAACUGCUCGACAGCUGGCUACUAGCUAGCUAGCUUGUACAGUAGUGUGACUGGUCACCAUGCGGCAAAUGCACGGCACUCAAGACACGGAGGAUGCCAGUGAAACAGACCUUGCAAAGCAUGACGAGGAUGACUAUGUAGAAAUCAAAGAACAAAUGUACCAAGACAAAUUGGCCUCCCUGAAAAGGCAAUUACAACAACUCCAAGAAGGUAGAAAAAGCACACUACAGGAGUACCAGAAGAGAAUGAAAAAGCUGGACCAACAGUACAAAGAGAGACUCCGCAACGCAGAUCUCUUCCUACAACUCGAGACAGACCAGGUAGAGAGGAACUACGUCAAAGAGAAGCAGGCAGCUGUAAAAGAGUUUGACGAUAAGAAGGUAGAGCUGAAGGAAAACCUCAUUGCGGAGCUGGAGGAGAAGAAGAAGAUGAUCGAGAAUGAGAAGUUAACCAUGGAGCUGACAGGAGACUCCAUGGAGGUGAAGCCCAUCAUGACCAGGAAGCUGAGGAGGCGACCCAACGACCCCCUCCCCAUUCCUGACAAACGGAGAAAGCCGGCGCCCGCUCAGUUAAACUACCUGCUGACAGACGAACAGAUCAUGGAGGACCUGCGAACGCUCAACAAGCUGAAGUCGCCUAAACGUCCAGUGUCCCCGUCCACUCCAGAGCACCUGCCCACCACACCCAUGGAGACCCCCUCACAGCGCUACGAGGCCCGCAUCGAGGAGGGGAAACUGUACUACGACAAAAGAUGGUAUCACAAGAGCCAGGCCAUUUACCUGGAGUACACCAAGGAGAACACCAAGAUCAGCUGUGUCAUCAGCUCUGUGGGGACCAAUGAGAUCUGGGUGAGGAAGACGAGCGACAGUACGAAGAUGAGGAUCUACCUGGGGCAGUUACAGAGGGGAGCCCUCGUCAUUCGCAGGAGGUCGGCAGCAUAGAGGUCCCCCCCCCCCCCCCCCCCCCAAACCCCCUCUACCUGUCAAGCUACUCAUCCAUCCAUCCCAUCACAGUCUGGGUCUGACCAUCCUGGCUCCUUCCAUCUCCCACACCCCCUCCCCAAACAUGUGCCACUCAACCACUUCCUGUUUUCUCAACCCGUCGGGAGCAGAGGAUUGUCGUCAUCCUCAGCCUAGCCCACCAUCAAGCACAGGUGGCUGCAACUUCUCGUGCGUACGUGCGUGUUCGUCUCGUGUUGUGUUGACCUGGUUUUGUCCAGGGUUCUUCCGUGACCUACGCCAAAUAACACCUCAGUCCCUACCUGCCAAACCAUGUGUAUCUAUCUGCUAUGAAGCAACCACAGGUGUGGUAGAUCUUCAACACGCGUACAGCCAUGUUGCUGACUCCUAUCAAACAAUUUGACAUCUAGUAGUGCCUGGGAGGCAGAGGCUGGGACUGGGUUUGGCUGAAGUCUUAUGUACACUUAUCCUGGAUCUGUAGUUUCUUAAACUCUGCUCUCGAGCACGUUGCUGAGUUUCAUCCGUCAGCCAGUGUGUCCUGUCAUCCAGCGUGUCCUGUCAUCCAGCGUGUCCUGUCAUCCAGCGUGUCUGUCAUCCAGCGUGUCUGUCAUCCAGCGUGUCUGUCAUCCAGCGUGUCUGUCAUCCAGUAUUUCAAACUGUCAUAUGUUGGUCUGGUAAUUUUUUUUUUUUUUUGUACUUGUGUGUGUUGAACUCUUGUUUCUUAUGGAAAAAAUAUAUAAUGUAUUGCAUUGAACUUUUUUUUAAAGGUUUUAAUUUUGUAUCUGUUCUGACAGUUCAUGGGUUUAGUUCACCUUUGUGGAUUAUCUGAACUGUGUUGCACAUGGCAAACAAAAGUUAACCAUUUGUUGAUUUCUUGUGCGUUUCAUUCAAUAAAAAUGUUUCUGCCUUUUG